UCCAGCUAUACACCUCACGGGCAAGACCCGGAGGAGCGGCCCCAGCUAGAAGACAAGGCAGCUGUGACCUUGUUGCGCAUGCGCCUUCAGUGACCCCGGCUUGAGGUGACGGCGCGAGCUGAGGCGGGGACCCUUGGCGCGGAGGCUGAGGGACCCGCCGCGGAGCUGUCGCCGGAGAGGGAGGGCACCGCUGCCGUCGGCCAGAAGCCAAGGAGCCCUCAGUGACUGUGGGAUCCACGACAUCACAUCGCUGUCCCCACUGAGCCAGGGCAGCGCCAACACCAGCUCAGACAAGGACGGAACCGCUGGACUCCAGGUUGCUUGCCUGGGAGUAGGAGAAAUCCACCUGCUGGGGGCUGAGCGUGGCCUGAGGGACAGGCCCUGGAUCCAGGGAUGCCCCUGCCCGAGCCCAGCGAGCAGGAGGGCGAGAGUGUGAAGGCUGGCCAAGAGCCGUCCCCCGAGCCAGGCACAGAAGUCGUCCCGGCAGCCCCCAGGAAGCCCAGAAAGUUCUCCAAACUGGUCCUGCUCACAGCCUCCAAAGACAGCACCAAGGUGGCGGGGGCCAAACGCAAGGGCGUGCACUGUGUCAUGUCCUUGGGGGUGCCCGGCCCCGCCACCCUUGCCAAGGCCCUCCUCCAGAUCCACCCCGAGGCCCAGCGGGCCAUUGAGGCAGCCCCUCAAGAGCCUGAGCAGAAACGCAGCAGGCAGGACCCAGAGGCAGACAGAACAGAAGACAGUGGAUUAGGAGCGGGGCCUCCUGAGGCUGCUGGGGAGAACUCCGCCCCCUGCCCUGUGGCAACUGGCAAGUCCCUGUAACCUUGACAACAGUGCAUCCUCCCAGGCCACCAAUCCAGCCAUAGGCUCAUCUCUGUCCGCAGGGCUUCUGGGGCCCAAUCGGUGAAUCUUUGCUUUCAACAUUGUGUAAUUUCUUUCUUUCUUUUCUUUUUAGAUCAAGUAUAAGUUACUUUUGUAAGCAGAAAAGUACUUUCAAACAAGAAUAAAAGAAGCUGUUUGCUAGACCCCAUAA